AUGUCGAACUCUUCAAUCGCCAUAUUCCCAAACACAGCCGCCAAACUCGCCCACUGCGAGUAUAUCACAGGCCACACUUUCACCUCCAAACGACUCGGCCUGGAGGCCCUCCAAAUGGCUGGCGGACCACUAGGCACCGACGGCAUCGUCGAAUACUGCGGCACCUACCUACCGGUCCCCAAGAACAAACGGCUUGCUAUCAUAGGCGAUGCCACGCUCGAUCAUGUACUGAGCUUGAUCUGGUAUCAUACUGGUCGAGCCAAAAAGGAUUGGACCACGUUCCGCGAGCAGGUAGUCAGCAAUUCCGCGCUCAACACACGAGGCCGGGCACUUGAUCUCGAUAAAUGUAUUCUGCCCAACGUACCUGGGGAUGUGAUUUCCGUAGAGAUGUUAGCUACGACGCUUGAAGCGGUUAUUGGCGCUGUGCGGUGUGAUGGCGGUGAUGAGGCUGCGGAGCGCGCUAUGCGGAAUAUGGGGUUUAUGGAACAUGAGAUGUUGCUUUCGUCGACGAAGAGCUCGAUGUGA